AUGAAGACGGUGGACGCAUCGCUAGAGGAAAACAGAAACGUGACAUGGUUUGACAGCAAGGGCGCUUGGGUGGCUUAUUUGUCCUUGAUAAUAGGCUUCAGGAUUUUCCUUACAUUUGUUCCUGGCAUUAGCCCAUCCACUGCCUGGACAAUUACGAAUCUCGUGCACGCGUUGGGGACAUGGAUGGCCUUCCAUUGGAGUAAAGGAGCGCCAUUCACGGGUUCAGAUCAGGACAAGUAUGCUAAGCUGACCAUGUGGGAGCAAUUGGACCAAGGGAUUCAGUUCUCUCCCACCAGGAAACUGCUCACUGUAGUUCCCAUCGUGCUGUUCCUCCUCACGACGCACUACACGCAGUACAACUUCUUGAUGCUGGUGAUCAAUAUCGUGGCGCUCAUCGUGCUGCUUGUGUCGAAGCUGCCCCGCAUGCACAAAGUGCGCCUCUUCGGUCUCAACUCUGGCCCCGGCUAA